CACAACUGGCUGAGAGUGACACAGAGAAUCGCACAGACUUGUUCCUGAGAAAACACACCGGAUGCUGCGCACCAUCAUCAUCAUCAUCACCAGCGGCGGGAGUGAUGAUACGGAUGAAAGGCGAUAUAUCUGUCCCAUCGCGCAGGAUGGUCUUUGUGGGUAACGAAUUCAAUCCAUCUCUCCUUAUCUGUGCGUGUGAUGCAGCUCGUGUGCGGCGCGAUGUUUCCGCGUUCCCAAAGCGCGCUCAUUUUUGCGCUUCUGAUCCAUCCCUACACCAAACCGGUUUCACCUGAUUCUCCGCUCCGCUGGUUCGCAUAGCGCUGAGUGCACUCCAAAAAAAAAAAAAAAAACAAGUAAAGGGCGAGAGACACCUUACAGAGCUAGCCCGAGCUUGAAUGAAGGAGAAGGACGCGCAGGAUCUGUGAUCGGAGCCUCUGCGCACCAGGCUGCGGUUUAUUGGGAUCAGGGUGGAGGGAGGAAAUAGGAAGGAAGGACUGCGGGGGGAAUGGAGGAGUGCUGCCGAGCGUGCAUGCCCUGUCUAAACCGCUUGUGGAACUGGUUAUGGCCUGAUCUGCGCUAUCCGAGUAUCACUCCGGCGGCAGAAAUCCGCACAGUGUCGGGGGAGCUCCGUGUGCCGCAGCCCAAGAGGCGGCCUGCGCAGCUCUAUGCCGCUCUGUACGACUUCGAAGCCCGCAGUGAGGAGGAGCUGUCGGUCAAAGAGGGAGACAAGCUGUCGGUCAUCGAAAAGCGAGGGCAGUACGUGCUGGCCAAAAAACUCACAGGAAGCCUCGAGUCCGGCCUGGUGCCGGCAAACUACGUUGCGCUACUGCAGGACGAAUUUGCGAAAUACAAAUGGUACUAUGGUAACAUAAACAGACAGAAAGCUGAGAAGCUGCUUUUGGCAUCCCAGAAUAAAACAGGCUCUUUCCUGGUUCGAAUCAGUGAAAGUCACAGUGAUGAAUACACCAUCUCAGCCAGGAGUGAAACCACUGUCUUCCAUUUCCGUAUCCAACGUUCUUCAGUCGGUGCUUACUUCGUGUCUGAUAAGAUCUCCUUUGCCACUUUGGAUGAGCUUAUCAGAUACUAUCAGAACAAUCCCAGGAGCCUGGGAUGCCCCUUGGACCAGCCGUGUGUACAACAGAGGGAGCUGUUUGACAUGGAGCCAUGGGAGAGGCCAAGAGAAGAGUUUAAGCUGGCCAGGAAACUGGGAGAAGGCCAUUUUGGUGAGGUAUGGGAAGCUGUAUGGACUACUAAGAACCAGAAAGUGGCCAUUAAAAUGUUGAAACAAGAGGACACCAAACUGGACGAGUUUGUGAAGGAGGUCCAUGCACUGAAAAACCUGCACCACCCAAAGCUCAUUCAGCUGCUCGCACUGUGUACACGGGGAGAACCUGUCUACAUUAUCACUGAACUCAUGGCCAAAGGCAGCCUCAAGUCCUACCUUGCCACCCCAGAGGGACAAGUUUUGACCUCAGCUCAUCUGAUCUACAUGGCUGGUCAGGUUGCAGAAGGAAUGGCCUACUUGGAGGACCGGCACAUUGUCCACCGAGAUCUGGCUGCCCGAAACAUCCUGGUGGGAAGUGACCUGGAGUGUAAAGUGGCUGAUUUUGGCUUGGCUCGUAUUAUAAAGGACAGCGUGUACACAGCCAGUAGGAACACUAAGAUCCCAGUGCGGUGGACAGCUCCUGAAGCAGCUCUGCACCAGCGCUUCUCUGUUAAAUCUGAUGUCUGGUCCUUUGGAGUGCUACUCUAUGAGAUGAUGUCACGAGGGAAGAUGCCGUAUGAGGGUAAAACCAACAAGGAAGUGUUAGAGAUACUUACUUCAGGUUACAGAUUGCCAUCUCCAAGUCGCUGUCCUCCCAAUAUCUACCGCAUGAUGAUGGAGUGCUGGGCAGCUGAAAGCUCCAAACGACCAUCAUUCCAUGCACUGCACAGCCAACUGGACAACAUCUACUCCAGAAUCUACUACAAAACCAUUGAGGUGUAGAACCUGAGUCUGAUGAGGAACACAAAAAGCCACACAGGAGAGAAAAUGAAGGGAUUUACUGAUGGUUUACUGAUCCUGGCCCAGAUAGCAAACUAAUGGAAUCCCUCUGCCAAAACUAUUUAUGAAUGAUUUUUUUUUUUAUUAUGACGUGCAAUAAUGUAAAGGAACAGAUGAACAGAAAAGACAUACAACAGUGGCAUGUUCACUUGCUGGUCAAUGAUCUGUAUAUGAUAUGCGUUGGAUUUUUGGGUUGUGAUCCCUAACAGUGUUCAGCCUGUGUUGGGUUUCACUGCUGGCCACACAGAGACUCAAGUUUUAGGAUCAGUAGUAGCCUAGCUAAUCAAUUUCUGCUUUCCAGUGAGUGUUUUGUUUACCAGUGGUUCACCUGCUAACUGUGGACUCUCCAAAUGAACAAAAAGGUGAAGAGAACUAAGACUGUUACACCUAAUGGAGGAGGUUUAUUUCAGUCCUGUAAAAUCUCUGCUGCAAAAAAAAGAAAUGAUUUGCUUGCAUCCACAUAAGAUUUGAGCAUGUACACUGUGGGGCAGUUUGAAAGCAGCAGCCAGAAUUCUCUUGCUGUCCCUCUGGAUGCAUUCUUCUGUCAGUCUGGAUGCCUCUUAUUCAUGGAAAUAAUUUCUGUGAUCAAUGUCUUCCAAAUCAUUAGAAGAAGGAAACAAAUUAUGCACCGUGAGUUUAAAAGAUAUUUUAAAAUAAAGUAUUUUUGAAUAUA